CCUAGGUUGGCGGUGACCAGGAAGUGAGAGCGGAGACUGAAAAAAGGACAAAGUCGACCCCAGGCGGCGGUGUAAAGGCUGCAGGAAGCACCUGACGAUGUGGAAUCCCAAUGCUGGGCAGCCAGGGCCAAAUCCGUAUCCCCCUAAUGUCGGGUACCCUGGAGGUUCCAAUCCUGCCUAUCCACCGCCUGUCAACCCUGCCUUUCCUCCAGGCCCCUUUCCCACUCCCCCGCCAGGAGCUCCCCCGGGGAAUCCAGCUUUGCCCCCAGUUGGGCCCUCUUAUCCUGUGCCACAACCAGCACAUCCAGGAGGCCAACCAUCAGGUCCCUACCCCCCUCCAUACCCACCACCUGCCCCUGGAAUGCCUGCUGUGAAUCCGCUGGCUCCUGGCAUGGUGGGACCAGGAAUGGUGAUGGACAAGAAGAUGCGGAAGAAAAUGAAGAAAGCUCAUAAAAAGAUGCAUAAACACCAUAAGUAUGGCAAGCAUUCCUCCUCCUCCUCCUCUUCCAGCAGUGACUCUGACUGAAUGCAGGGUCUGGACCCUUCCCUCAAGUCUCCAGUUCUGCUCUCCCAUCAAGCUUCAGAUGCCAUCUUGCACUGGGGGAAAUUGGCCCUUUUGUCCCUCUCCCCCUCUCCCCCAGUCUAAGCCUCAGCCCUAACUGGUUAGGGGAAAUGGGAAAGCAAAUUGCCAUGGGCCAGCAAAGGCCAUCUUCUCAGUGCUUGGAUAGAACUUUUAGUUGAGUUUUGUAAGAGAACUAUUUUUUGAAGAUGGUGAAACUUUUGAGCUAAAUACUGAAGACAAGUCUAAGAUCUAGAGAAUGUGGGGUUUUUUAAUUUUAAUUUUUUACCUUUUUUUGUAAUAUUUGUGGUUGGGGAGGUGUUUUGGAAACUUAAUUAUGGGAGAAAAGAAACCAAAGAACAAACUGUACCUUUUUUUUUGUUAUUGUGGCACACUUGGGUGAUUUAAUGGCAAAUACUUUUCCCAGCAUGCCUUUAAUUGAUUGCACUAACUGCAAGGCUGCUGCAAAGUGGAGUCUAUUUGGUGAUGAGUUCUGAAUGCCUUUUUGGAAUCUAAUCUCAGUAUGCAUCUCAAAUCCUUCCCUCAUUCUCCGAUUCUCAGUCCAAAUAAAGCUGUUUCUCUUGG